AUGGAUUCAGUCAACCCCGGCCCUGUUAUCGAUGACAAACCUUCAUCGUCUUUCAAUCAAUCACGCGGAGUUCUAGAACAGUCACAAAGUUUGAGCUCUCAACAUGAAGAUCUGAAUACUUCAAGCCAGCGAGGAGAUGAAGCCAUAAAUGCAUCUCUCGAGAGCCGACCCAAUGGCAUUUUUAUCAUAGAGCCCAAUCACCCGAGAAAUCGAGAUUCCUUCGAAGGCGACAUAGAAAGAUCUAUUGAAUUUUUCGACGACAAAGAACAUUUAGAUAGUAGUGCCGUCACAUCUUCCGCCAAUAGUGUAUAUGUUGUGAAGCAAGAGUUAGAACAGCCGCCUUAUCACAUCUUUUCUAUGGCAAAGAAAAGACAGCUUGUGUAUAUAGUAUCUCUUGCGGGCUUGUUCUCUCCCUUAUCAAGCAACAUCUAUUUUCCAGCCUUAAAGGAGAUUUCUACGGAUUUUAAUGUUUCUCUUUCACUUGUCAGUCUAACUGUAACGGUUUAUAUGAUUGUUCAAGGACUUGCUCCGUCAUUCUGGGGGCCAAUCAGUGACACAAAAGGAAGGAGAAUUACGUUUAUGGGUACAUUUAUCGUAUAUCUCGCUUCGAAUAUCGGUCUGGCUUUUAGUGAUAACUUCGCGACCCUCAUGGUCUUCCGCGCAAUACAAGCUGCCGGUAGUGCUGCAACGAUAGCUGUUGGUGCUGGAGUCAUUGGUGACAUCACAACUCCUAAAGAACGUGGAGGUCUCAUUGGUAUAUUUGGUGGUAUUAGAAUGCUAGGACAAUCCGUGGGCCCAGUCUUCGGAGGAAUCAUAACUCAGUAUCUGGGAUUCCGCGCAAUUUUCUGGUUCCUUUUUGGCUUGGGUGCACUAGCUCUUCUCUUAAUUGUCGUAGUUCUUCCAGAAACGCUUCAAAGUCUGGCUGGGAACGGUUCUAUCAUCCUUAAGGGAAUUCAUCGACCCUUGUACUAUGUACAGCCAUCCACGGAAUACCCCUCCCAAGAACUUCCCACAAAGAAGAAUGUUACAUUUUCCUCAGUCGUCGCUCCUCUCAAGUUCUUAAUCGAAAAGGAUGUCUUCGUUACACUUUUUUUCGGUGCUAUUAUCUACACCGUCUGGUCCAUGGUAACAUCCAGUACCACCGCCCUAUUCUCAGAGCACUUCGAUCUCACCAAUUUGGAACUCGGAUUGAUCUUCUUGCCAAAUGGCGCCGGUUGCAUCAGCGGUUCCUACCUCACAGGCUAUCUCAUGGACUACAACUACAAAGUCGUCGAAUCUCGUUACCGUAAACAACAAAACAUUCCGGCCGAUAUUCAUAUCAAGGCCAAUGAACUGCUGGAUUUUCCUAUCGAAGUCGCAAGAAUGAGGAACAUCUGGUGGAUUGUUAUUGUUUUCGUUAUCACCACGGCUCUUUACGGCUACUCAUUGAAACUCGAAAUUAUUGCUCUUCCACUGGUUCUGCAAUUCUUUAUUGCAUAUACGGCUACUGCGGUCUUCUCUUCCAACAGCGCCUUGGUCAUCGACCUUUAUCCUGGUAAAUCGGCAAGCGCUACCGCUGUAAACAACCUCAUUAGAUGCUUGCUGGGAGCAGCUGGUGUGGCUGUAGUGCAGCCGAUUGUUGAUGCAUUAGGCUCUGGGGUAACAUUUUUGAUAUUCGCUGGAAUAACUUUCGCGUGCAGUCCAUUGUUGAUGUUAGAGUGGUAUCACGGAGGAAGAUGGAGGAAGGAAAGAGCAGAAAAGUUGAAGAAAAAGGAAGAAGCCAAACGCGCAACAGACUUAGAAGGAUGA